AUGACCAAGGUCCAGGACGAUUGGCUUACGACCAACAUCCAUGUUGGCCCUCUCGGGACCGAGUACCCGCUCAUCAAGUUUGGCAUGGGGGGCGAUUCGCCAAGCUUCAUGGGACUCAUCUCGAAUGGUCUAUCGAAUCCCGAGAAACCUGGAUGGGGUGGUUGGGGUGGUCGAUAUAACCGGAUUACCUGGGCACAUGACCUGAGUUCUGAGUGUGGAGUCUCUCCUGACACCGUGAGAGAUGCCUCGCAGGACGAUUUUGCAGCUCGAAUGCAGUGGACACUUCAUCAAGACUGCGGUGCAGCAACACAUACGCCCCUUGUCGACGUUGACGGAUCAGUUGGCCUAGAGGCCUUGCACAUCGUGGUUCCUCCCAAGGCAUCCACGACCCUCGAUGCAAGCCAAACUGUGGACUUGGAUAAUCCUGGGGAUAUUGAACAACUUGAAUUUGAGUGCUUCUUCUAUCUUGAGCCAGGCUUCCCACAGGCCACUGGAGACAAGAAGAUGGCUGAGUACCUCGGUUUGGAGCCGUUGUCACCCCCAAGAGGAACAGAUGGAAGGCUUUCCAGAAAUGAAGCUGGUUUUGGCAAGGUGAUCCUGGGUCCAAAGGUUUCUGUCACAAAUCUUGUGCCGGAAGAAUGGGAUCUGCGCUCGCGAGAGUGGCACAUCAUCCUGUAG